AAGCAGCAAGUUUGGCUGUUGUGUUUCAGCGACUAUCAUGGACUGGAAUUAUGAACAUUUAUUUGUGAAUGAUAAGGAACUCAUAUUUCUUCAGCACUGAGGUUUGUUGCAGCUUGUUGACCCCUACACGGGGUUGAGUUGGAGUCAUGAACACAGGCAGCCAGAUCCGUCUGCUGCUCUGGAAGAACUGGACGCUCCGCAAGAGACAAAAGAUUCGCUUCCUGGUUGAGAUUCUGUGGCCUGUGUUUUUAUUCAUUGGACUUGUGUGGCUACGAAGAGCCAAUCCUCUGUAUCGCCAACAUGAAUGUCAUUUUCCCAGCAAGGCUAUGCCCUCAACGGGAAUCCUGCCUUGGAUUCAAGGGAUUUUCUGCAAUGCUAAUAACCCAUGUUUUCGCCAUCAAACUCGAGGAGAGUCGCCUGGGGUCGUUUCCAACUACCACAACUCCAUACUGGCACGGUUUUACCAAGAUUCACAGGAGCUGCUGUUCAAUGACACUGAGUUCCGUCAGCUCGGCCGUCUGUGGCAUGAAGCCACCGUCUUGAGCAACUUCAUGGAGACGCUACGCACCAAUCCUGCUCUGGUGACAGGUAAAGGACUGAAGGUAGAGCACAUUCUGAAGGACGACGAGGGUCUAACGUCAUUCCUGCUGCGGGACGCUGGGCUUUCAGAGGUUGUGGUGUAUGAUCUUACAAAUGCACAAGUGCGGAUGGAGCAAUUUGCAUAUGGAGUCCCAGAUCUGACUCUGAAAGAGAUCGCCUGCAGUCAGGCUCUUCUGGAGCGAUUCCUCAUCUUCCCCAGUCGCGGAGGGCUGUAUGGGGUCCACAAUGCCAUGUGUGCCCUUUCCCAGCAACGGCUGCAGAAGAUCGAGGACGUAAUACUGUACAGUCAUGCAUUUGUGUGA